AUGAAACACUUUAAAACGGGAUUUGUCGCAUUGGUCUGCCUCAUAUUUUGGGCAUACGAAGGAGAGGCCUAUUUAUUGGAAAAUAAUUGCGGAACAAUAAGGCAACCUUCCAGAUUUAAGCGAGUAGUAGGAGGACAAGAUGCUGAAAUAUUCUCGAAUCCAUGGCUAGCUAUUCUCCUUCAAGAUCAGAAAUAUCGCUGUACCGGAUCCCUCGUUACCUCUCGUAAGUAUCUUAGCAUAAUUUUAGAUCAUUGCAAUUCAGUUUUAAGCUUAUUAAUAUUUACAGGUUUUGUUUUGACGGCAGGGUUUUGCUUUAGAUAUAUUGAGUUGGCGCCUACGUAUGAUCUGAGCAUAAUUUUCAUUAUAAAUAUUUUAAUUCUAUGGGUUUUAGAAAGGUACGUCUGGGCGAUUAUGACAGGAAUAAAACGCACGAUUGUUCUUCAUUGGGUUGCUUGCCGAGGACCUCUGAUAUUGAUAUCGAGCGUGUAUUAUAUCCGGCCGAUUUGUCUGCUCGUCAAUCAACCUCUUCUGAAACAAUUUUCAUCAUUUAUAGUCGCUGGCUGGGCUGAUUAUAACAAAGUAAUAAAAACGGUGCUACAGACAGCAAUUGUAGCCAAUCGCGAUAUUGAGGAGUGCAAGAGUCUUCAGCUAAAUAAUUUAUUCAAGGACCUUAUAUGUGCCGGCGAUACAACCAGUGACACAUGUGAAGGAGACAUGGGAAAUCCCCUAACCGGAGAGCUACUCUAUGGAGGAGUUCCUCGCAUUUUCCAGUUCGGGAUUUCAAAUUUUGGAUUCUCGGCAUGUUUUGUUUUGACGGUAGCGGAUUGCUUCAAUGAAUCUAACUCGGCGCCUACAAAGGUACGUCUGGGCGAUUAUGACAGGAAUAAAACGCACGAUUGUUCUUCAUUGGGUUGCUUGCCGAGGACCUCUGAUAUUGAUAUCGAGCGUGCUAUUCCACACCCACAAUAUAACAUAACCGGGAUAAAUGAAAAUAACAUAGCCCUGGUUAGAAUAGCUGAAGAGAUUUUAUUUUCAGAUUAUAUCCGGCCGAUUUGUCUGCUCGUCAAUCAGCCGGUUCUGAAAAAAUUUUUAUCAUUUAAAGUGGCUGGCUGGGGUCAUUAUAACGAAGUAAUGAAAAGAGGUGCUACAGACAGCCAUUGUCCCCCAUCGCGAUAUUGAGGAGUGCAAG